AUGGCACGAAGAGUUGAUGAGCGAUUUGCGCAUGCAGUAACGUUUUGUGAAGAGAUGUGUGGCACCUUGGAUCCUAAAUCGCUCCUGCUCUGCUCUCAAAAUCCUUACUUCUCAUGGUGUCUUGGAGAGGAAUCCCUUCGACGGUUAUCCUUAUUUCGAAAUUUGGACUCUCUAGUUCUUGAAAAUAUGACCGGAGCCGAGGUGUUUGGAGGAAUCAAGGCAUCGUUGUGUCUGGACAACCUGAAAGAGAUUCGAAUGCGACUAGAUGCUAAACAUCAGAACGAAGUUGAGAAUAUACUCUGGGUGGAUGUUCAAGCAAAAAGGAUGCCCAAGACAGGAAUCGAACCUGUGUCGCCACGGCCACAACGUGGAGUACUAACCACUAUACUACUUGGGCCGAAAGCGAAGGCAGCAAGUAUGCCUCGUGAACGCGUCUUAGUUGUCUGUUUAAUUAUGUCAGUUCCUUACUCUCCUGUUGCAGGAUCCUUGCUAACCUCGUUGGCACAAGCGCAUGUUCGCUGUUUGGAUUUCUCAGCUUUCUCCGAGUCUCCGGCAGCUAUCACUGCUAUCACGGCAGCGGAUAUGUGCCAAUUCAUUGUUUCAUGGAGAGCUCUGAAAUGCCCGUGGAUGAUCCGGUCAAUUAUGUUCAACUCUACUGUGACCAUAAGCGAAUUUCGUACUGUAGCUGGACGAGCCGGGCUGUUCGCCACAGCUUUGACCGACAUACCCUACUGUCGAGCCUUGAAAUGCCCGUGGAUGAUUCGGUCAAUAAUGUUCAACUCUACCGUAACCAUAAGCGAAUUUCGUACUGUAGCUGGACGAGCCGGACUGUUCGCCACAGCGUUAACCGACAUACCCUACUGUCGGUUUCGGACUUACCAUCCUUCUGACCCGAAUGCAAAGUUGGAAUUGUCCUGUUACGGCACUGGAGUGAGUACUGUAGGAGUACUGUAG